GGAAAAGCUGACGAGUUCAAAGUAGCACCGUAACGUUACAGAGCGGAGCGUUGAGUGUAUUCACACCCGGAUUAGGAUCUGACAAACUACUGAAAACUCCCACCGGAACCUGGGAAGGACCGUAGCUGCAAACUCACAGCCACACGACAAACAAGCGGAAGUGAAAGUAAAACUGUGUGUUUCCUCGUUCAGACAGUUCACGUCGGAGAGUCGGCGGAGGUUCAGUCAUGAGCUCUUUACAGUUUCAUAGCGUUUUACUGGAGAUUUCGAACCAGUUGUCCGGCGAGCAGCUGAAAGAUCUCAAGUAUCUGUGUGGAGACAUGAUCGGUAAAGGUAAAAUGGAAAAGAUUACCACCGGAACACAACUGUUUCAGGUUCUGACGGAGAGAACCAAACUGGGACCCGACAAGUUGGACUAUCUGUCCCAGUUACUCAAAGAAAUUAAACGACCCGAUCUCUCAAACAAGUUAGAGUGUUUUGAAAGUCAGUCUGGAUAUACCGACAACCAGCCGGAGCAGAAGGAGAGAGACAAAUUGGACCUCGCUACAAAUGUGAUCGUAGAGAAUGUGGGAAGGCGUUGGCGCAAACUUGGCCGCAGUCUGAACCUGAGCGAAGUUAAGCUGGACUCCAUCGCCAGGAGGCAUCCCGAUGACCUGGAGGAAACGGUAAGGGAGCUGCUGAAGGAGUGGAGGAAGAGUCGAGGAGCCGAGGCCCAAACACAGGAUCUGAUAAAAGCCCUGAGAGACUGCCAGUUCAAUCUGACUGCUGAUAAAGUGAAGGAAGCACUCGAAGCUGCCAAUACAGAGCAGGACUGACUUACAAGAUGCUGAUAUUGAUGGAAUUUACAGAUGAGAUUAACUUUGGGAAUGAAAAUGACAGUUAUGAUUAACGUUCAAGAAAGACCUGUUAUAUUAUUUUUGGAAUGAGCUGUUAAGAAAGUUAUAUACAGAUUUAAAAAAAAUGCCUAUCAAUGAAUCGCCGCCCUGAAUGUCAUAAAACAUGCUAAUGUUGGAUAUGUUUUAUAGUUGUUUAAACUAAUUUGACAUUUUGGGAAAUCCAAUCAUUUGCUUUCUGGUGACAAGUAACUUUUGUUGUUUUUACAUAUUGUUUUUUCUGCUGAUGAAACAAACGGGACACAAUGUGAGUUGGUAACCUUUGGACAGAGCCAGACUAGCUGUUUGCCCGUUUCAAGUCUUAGUGCUAAGCUAACCCCCUUUCUCUUUGGCAACUACUGUUGACCUGCUAUCUCCCCCUAAAUAUCCCCCGUCCACUUAGAGAGUGGUACUUAUCUUCUCAGUUUAUGCCAGAAAAAAAAGCACAUUUUUCUAAAAUAUCAAACUAUUCCUUAAAGAUUAGGUUUUCUGACUGAGAUUAUUAUAAAUUGGAAUAUACAGAAAUGAUACCAAGAUAAUAAUACUAUGAGGGAAAUUGCUUUAUUUUCUGAUCAGAAGCCAUUAAACUGAUGACAUUGAUUUUUUCUUUUUCAUGCAAUAUGAAAAUCAAAUGAGAUGCUAUUUGUCUUAUUAACCACAGUGUCUUUGCUCUUUUCAAUUUCACUAAGCAAGUCAGCAAUCAGUAAUCAGUUUGCAGGUUUAUUUUUCAGGACAACCCAAACUGUCAUCCACCCGAAGCCCUCAUCUGCUUCAUCUGCACCAUCUGAUGUCAUCUUGACAGUAGGUCAAAGGUCAUGAGCAGUUUCUGCAGGAGAAAAGCAUGUCAUUAGGAGCAACGUUUGGGAAGGACAAUACUAAAGUGGGAUUGAUGGAUGAUUGAUGUGUUAACAUUCCAGUGAUGUUGCCUUCAACAUUGAAGGGUAGUUCACAUAAUUCUGCUUCAAAAUCAUGCUCCUCUAACCACAUUGAAAUAUAAUAAUAACAGAUCGACUGGAUUUUUCCCUGCUCCUUUAAGUUUAAAAUUCCCUCUUUGUUUAACUCUUUUAUUACACCUUUGUAAUUCUGCUGUAUGUUCCUAAGAAAGCCCAAUAAACAAGGUUGGAAAAAAUACUUUUUCCGCUGUAUAGGCAGCGACAGUGACUCUGCUGUCAGUAGAUGUAACUAAUGUGUGUGUUCAUGAAUGUUUUUGAGUAUUUGUCCUCCAUUCAGCCAAACCACAGUAUACUUACAGCACUGGUACAGCCUGUUCAGCCUGUCAAUGUCAUUCCUGCUCAUCUGGGUGGCCUGGCCGAAGGAUACAUUGUUGUUGGGAAUGGGCAACAUAGUGGGACGGUUGUUCUUGGAGAAGGCGUACCUGGAGAAUCACAUGCAACACAGUGCAAAGCAGGUUAAGCUUGGGUUUGAUUACCUGUAUGGAAAUGAUCCCUGAUGCUAAUUUUAGUUCUUUGAUGUGUGAUACGACAAUAUCUAAAUAUUUAGUUAUGCUACUUCCCCAGAGUCACUGGUAAACAACCCCUUGCACAGGCGAGACUAAACAGAAUUCCCUUACAUCCUCCAGUAAGCUGGGCCCCAGUUUGUCCACUCAGUCAGAGCAGUAGCUCAUAUGUAAUAACAGACAGAAACUUACAAAAUAACGCUGUAAAGUCACAGAAUACAAAGAAACUAAUAGCCAGUAUGUAUACAGUUACAAAGGAAGUGAAGGUUAAAUAAAAGUGUAUGAAAUAAAGUCAAUGACAAAAACAUGAUGUUAUCCAUACUUCUCAUAUUGCAUGACAGAGUUGUAGUCAUAAGGAGUUCCCUGGUUCAGAGUGUUAAUCUUGUCAAAGUUGUAUGCCAUGCCUGCGGAGAUAACAGAAAGUAUACAUGUAAAUGCACACACAUGUUUUAAGAUAAGAAAGAUCUGAAUUUCAGUAAAAUAAAAAAAAACACCUGCAAUUUUUUAGAUUGCCAAAUGUAAAUUGUACUAAUUAGCUUUCACUCUUUAUAGACAGUUAACACAUCUGAAUGAUGAAGCCAAGAAAGAAGAAAGAGUUACGAGUAACUUCACGCUAAUCACUUUAUUACACUAUGUAUUGAUCUUGUGUCAUGUUUGCUGUGUUCAUUACAACAAUGGUUUUCUGUUCUAACUGCGCUUGACCCAAAAUGUGGAUGUGUCGAUAGCUAUCUGCAAUAUGAAGGCCCAAAGUCUUGAAUGAUAGAUGGCACAGCUUUGAUGACAUGUGGGGCUGAGUUCUUUUUUAAAAGUUGGUAACUUGGUCACCCCUGAACAAUGUGCAGAUUAUGGGCAAUGUUUGUGCCUGUUUUGAAAUGUAAAAAGAAUGCACUGAUUAAAAAUGACAGUAUCUUUA